GUCAAGAUUCACCUACUCUGCCUGCACUCUUCUAUAUAACGUUGCAGAGCACCAGGAUUCAUCAGCCUAAGCGAGCAGAGUUCUCUUGACUAACAACUUUCACAAAUAUCAUAGAAGGGAAAUUUUAUAGAAAGAGAAAUACAAGGAUGAAGGCGUCGCUUCUUGAGCAGCUUGUUAUUGGAUUUCCAAUCAUCUCCAACAGAUAUUUGCCUGAUUCAGCAGGCCAAUACAAGUUCAACAAAAGUUCGAAUCAAAGUAAAGCAAGUUCAGUUCUCGGUAGGAUGAACAAGUUUGGGAGAAAAACUGACAGUUUUGCUCAUGAAGUGAGAGAGCAUGUGAGACUGGGGCCAAAGACAACUGAUACAGUGAAACGAAAGUUAAGGAUGGGAGCUAGAAUUCUUCAAGUUGGUGGAGUGGAGAAAAUAUUUAUGCAAAAAUUUAAUUUCAAAGAAGGAGAGAAGUUGUUGAAAGCAUCACAGUGCUAUCUAUCAACCACAUCCGGUCCUGUAGCAGGACUCCUCUUCGUAUCCACAGAAAAGGUGGCUUUUUGCAGUGACAGAUCCAUCAAGAUCACAUCCCCUGAGGGCCAAGUGAUUGGAGUCCAUUAUAAGGUCUUGAUUCCACUUUCGAAGAUAAAGAGCGUCAACCAAAGUAAGAAUGUGAAGAAGCCUUCACAAAAGUACCUAGAAAUCCUUACCACGGACAACUUCGAUUUCUGGUUUACGGGUCUCUUAAAUUACCAGAAAACUUUCAAACAUCUUCAGCAUGUGGUUUCUCAAUCUUAGAGGAAGAUGAAGCAGAAUUGUAAUUCUUCAACCCUUAUGCUUCAUCAGUUAUUAUUUUGCGAAGCAACAAAGGUUCCAUUAUAUGUUUUACCAUUGUACAAAGUUUUGUUGAUAGGAAAAAGCAACGUUGUUCUUCAA